CAGAGUAUUCUGAAGACAUCUACCCAUAUGCAACAUUUCACUUACCGGAGCAAGAAAACAUGUCCUCAAAUCCUCAGCUUCGCCAGUCAUUUGGAUAUGAACCCCGAAUUAGCGAUGCUCCACAAAUUAAGCAGGGUGAAAUAGAUCAUUACUCCAAAGUUCGGCAUAGACAACGCCGAAAAUCAAAAUCUUUCAAGUCAGAAAGUGAAGAAUACGAUACACUGGGUUCUGACAGUGAUACUGAACAAGGAACUUCCAGUCGUACUGAAUCAUCUAACCAUCUUGAUGAUCCUGGUUCAGGACCAGGUCCUGGUUUGGGUCCUGGUACUAGCAGAGCAGGCGCUGGCAUUCACAAACCAGUGCACCACAGUAAAUUUCCUGUACCACGCACACGAAUCAAGCACUUCAACCGAGCCGUCACCAAUUUCUGAAAGGAAAUCUUUUCCACGCCAUGGCAAAUUCAGAGAGAACUACUGUUUUGAUCCAUCAUCCCAUAUCAAAUAUGCAAAUGAUGGUGGAAGAGUGUCCUCUUCCACUACAAAACAACAUUGGCAAUGGGCGGAUGUUGAGGAAGCUCCCUACAGCAGAAACAGCCUUUGUUCUAGGUCAAAAGUUGGAACCCCCCAGUGGGUUUUCUGAUGGCCAUGAAUUAAGUGAAGCAGAAUGCGAUAUUGAUUCUGUAAAAAAAUUGAGAAUUGGAAUUAUGAAAAAUUCUUUGAAUAUAUUUGGUCCAUCAAGUGGGAACCAAGACUUUACAAUUGCUGUGUGAUCUCAUAUAUAUGAAUUUUAAAUAAAUGUUAUUUUUCAUAAAAUUGUUUUGUACAGUGCUUUUCCUGAAUAACUAUCAUAAAUUGGCAAAUUAUAAAUGCAACUAAUGAAUAAAUUAUUUUGUAAAAAUUCCAUCAUGAGAAAACCAACACUUAUGAAAAGGUUUUAAAGCAAU